AUGAUUAAGAAAGAGAAGGAAAAGGAAGAAAGAGAAGAGGUGGGAAAAGGUGCUGCAGCCAUGCCCAUUGGCUGGGCAGCCGAAAGGCCACCCCCUUUCCCCACGCAAAGCAGCAGCAGCAGCAGCUCCUCCCCCCCCAUUGGGCAGCAGCCGAAGAGCCGCACGCCACCUCCACAGCACGGCAGCAACAGCGGCAGCAGAGCAGCAGCAGCUCCUCCAUUGGGCGAGCAGCUGAAACGCCUCCCCCUCUCCCACGCCACCCAAUGCCAGCCAGAGCUGCCACCCUUCGGCACUCAAGGUUUGAGAAUUCGUGAUCACGAUCUGCCCCAAUCGGCAGCGCCAGCUGCCAAAUCACAUCCGUCAUCAGCAACGGGAUCACCUUAUUCUCGGCCAGUUGGAUCUCCGACGGUGUCCGCUUCUCCCCGCCGAAGAACGGCUGGUGCAGUAUCAGCCCUCGGAUCCUCAUCGGGGCGGCGGAGCCACCUUCAGAAGCAGAAGCACAUGGAGGAGCUGAUGGCGCAAGUGGCCGAGCUCCACCGCCAGAACCACCAGAUCCUCACCAGCCUCCGCGCCACCACGCAGCACCAUGUCGCCGUCGAAUCCGAGAACGCCGCUUCAGAUCUAGGGUUUCCACAGCAAAACCCCCUAGCUCCGCCGCCAGAACCACCAGAUCCUCACCAGCCUUCGCGCCACCCACCGUCGUCCGACCCCAUCCUCUAUUGCCUGCGCCAGAUCUGCCGUUCAGUGGGUAGCUCAUGGCCGCGCCAGAUCUGCCCAGCCGCUGCAACGACUCCGGCGAGGCGAAUUGGAAUUUAG